UAUUUCCACGUCCCCAAGUCCAGCCGUAUCGAUUCCAAUCAUGAUCAACCGUAUCCCAUCGUUCCCAGUUUCAGCGACAGGGUUUUCCCCCAAUCCGUACCUCAGCCUUGGAAGGACGUAGCAGACGCCAACCCAAAACGCCGCACCGAUUCUCCCUUCGACCCAGAUCGAGCCCGUUGCGUUAUCACGGCACAGUUGAACGGACUUGAAUCAACCCACAUGAUGCCUGCCACUACUCAAGCAUGGCUAAGAGACAACCAAAUGCGUCGAUUUAUUACACAUGAAGAUCCAGAUGCUACUCAUAGUGCCCUAAGCAACAAAAUCCCGCUUCGCGAAGACUAUCGUUCGCUGUGGGACGAUAACUUUUUUGUCCUCGUACUAAAACCCGAUGCUUCGCAGCAAGGCCAGUACAGGCUUACAUCGCAUCUUCUUGCUUUGCCCGAAAAGCAUCACAACACAAAUACGGAGGCGCAUAUUUUGUUCCACAAUCGCCCGCGCUACCCAUUUCCUCACGUUCCUAUCGAACUGGUAUUUGCUCGAUUCGCUUGGGCUCUUUUUACCAGGGACGUUAUUAAGAUGUUCGCCGACAACACCGGUAAUGAAUUAUACUCCGUACUUAGACUUACAGUAGAUGAAGAGGGUAACUCGGUACAAAGGCAAGAAAUGACAAAGCUCAAGCAAUUAGCUCCAUUAACAACCAAGGCUACUGGUGGUCGGAAGGCUGCCGGCGAGAAACGCCCUCAUGGCGAGAUUUCCAAAGGCCAUAGCCACGUCGAAGAAGACAAUGUCGAAGAGGACAAUGUCGAAGAAGACAACGACGAAUAUUCGGGUAGAAACUGGUUCUUUUCGCCACGUACUGGGCAGAUGGAGCUGGAAUUUGAUACCAAUAGUAAUUGCGGUUAUGGUAAUGAUGAUUCCAGUGAUGAUAACGAUAGGAAGAAGAGCGAGUUAGAUGAUGACGACACUUUCAGCGGCCGUUCUCUAUUCUUCAGCGAUAAUGACAACGACAACGACCAUGAUAGCGCAUCCGGAGAUAGUGACGUCGAACAUGACCAUGCAACUUUAGAAAUCAGAACGAAUUCUAAGUCAUCUUGCCCGCCUGCUAAUACCGACACUAUUCCAGACUUAUCUAUGUCUAUUGCAAGCUUGGGUAGCAGUGAUCGGAGUCCAAGUCGACAUGAAGAUUACGUUUCGGACACUCCUAUUCCGGCCCCUUUGAACGACAAAAGCUCUUUCAAGCACACUCCCGAAGAUCAUGUUCACUAAAGAGUGUGUUUAAGCAUAUCAUUUGCAAUUAGGAUUAAUGGUUUUUUUUUUUUUUUUUUUUU